AUGGCACAAGAUGACGAAAUUGAUUUGAGUAGUAUUUUCUGGAGAGCGCCUGAAUUUUUACAAUUCUACGGUAAUACACUAAAUGACGUACUCAUAAUGGAUUACUUUAGUUUAUCACCUUUCUACGAUAAGAAGAGCAAUAACCAGUUAAUCAAGAUGCAGAAUAUUGCAAAUUUAGCUCAACCAAUGAAUUUACAACAUCAGCUUGUUCACUUUGUUGGCGUUGAAUUUGUUUUGGCUGAUUCGAAGCCACCUGACUUGUUUAUCAUAAAGAAGCAGUACAGAUACUCCCCUAGCAGUGUUAGAGUACUAGGGGUUUAUUACUGCCUGAAUAAUAACAUAUACGCUGCACCAGAUGGAUACAGUACUCUAGGUAUAAAGUUCCAUAGCGCGAUAUUCGCUUUACAGUCGUCCAUGAAGAGUAUUAGGGAUGUAUUACCUGCUUAUAAUCCUAGAAUUGGUUAUAAGUGGGAUAUUCAGGAUAAGCAGAGGGAUAAAUUGGACGAGAGUGAGGAUAACCCGUUGCCGUUACUCAGGUCGAUGCGUUCGACUAGGGAGGAUGUUAAGGCUGAGCGGGAGCGUAGAGCGAAGGUACUUGGUGAGCAGUCUGAACAAGAGGGGGAGCAACAGCAAGUUGUAGUAGAACCACCUACACAACCAAUACCGACAAAGGCAGCUAAUAGCACUGCCAAUACAUCAAUCAAGAAGAAGAAACGCAAGUCAACAAAAUCAACAGCGACAUCUCGUUCGAGCACACCAGCCACACCAGCCACACCGGUGCUCUAA